AUGUUCUUCAUUGGGUCUUUGUUUCUUAUGCUUUGGCUCUCUGAAGGUGUGUUCUGUAAUGAUGGCUAUUCAAUCAGCCUGCCUCAAGAAGUAAAAGCUCACCGCAGCUCCUGUCUGUUGAUUCCUUGUCAAUUCACGUCUCCUAAUGAAGUGGGGUCUUCACCUGUUGGCAUCUGGAUGUUUCCUUUACAUAAUAGCCAACAGGUUUCAAUAAAUAACCAAUCACUAAACCUAUGGAGUAACCUCAAUGUUUUCUUGGUUGGUGACUUAAAACAAAAGAACUGCACGACCUUAUUAUACAGAAUCCAACCUGAGCACACAAGAGAGUAUUACUUCAGAGUAGAAGGCACCAUUAAAUAUAUCUUUAAAACGCCUGUUAAACUUACAAUUCAGGACUCUCUAGACAAGCCAGUGAUCGACACACCAGCUCAGAUGAUGGAGGACACAGUCGUAACUCUCAACUGCUCUGCGGCCGCUCCUUGUGCUGACGAGAAUCCCUCCAUCCGGUGGGACGACCUUCUGAACGGGAAUGCGACUCAGAGCGAGACCACCAGGGCUGAUGGAAACAAAGACGUGCUGUCCAUCCUGACUUUCAGAGCCUCCUUUCUGCACAACAAGAAGACCCUCACCUGCACAGCUCAGUACACCGUGGGGUCUGUGAUCAAAACAGCAAAGGAGACCACAACCCUUAAUGUCCUCUGUAAGAGUAUUUCACUUUAGAGAGACUUUCAUCUCACAAAUAAGCACAUUGGGAACAGACAAAGUGUACACAACACAAUAUAAAAUUAGGUUUUGAUUACAGAGAUUGGAUUAAAUGAAAAUAAAUGUGUCCGUCUGUUAUCUCACCAACGUAAUCACAGG